CAACUCUUCCUUCUCAUCAUCCUCAAAUGUCUAAUACGCUUCUGGCGCCAUGAAAAUGAAGAUGUUUAAGCUCGUCCUCUUCACGGCGGCGCUGCUAGCGUGCGCAUGGAAAGCAGAUUCUUUCAAGCGCUGCCCCGAUUGCGGGGGAGCUCCGGUUCCCUACCCACUCAGCACGGGACCGACGUGCGGCGACCAGUCAUACAAGAUUCGCUGCGACGCGGGAAGGUUAAUGUUUGACAGUAUCAACAGCUCCUACUUGAUCACCGCCAUCAACCCAUCGAUCCAACGGCUAGAUAUCAAACCCGCUGCGCCGAUCCCCAACACCUGCAUCGCAACGGAUCUUCCCCAGCAGGGGGUUCAGUUAAACGCCUCUCUCCCCUUCAACAUCACCAGCAGCAACACCAUCAUGUUUCUUAACUGUACGGAGAUGCUUAUCGGCUCCCCUCUCAACUGCUCCUCCACAAGCUUGUGCCACUCCUUCGUCAACAGCUCUGUCGCCGUAGAAAAAGGCGUCGCUCCAUGCCGCGACAGUUCGAUAUGUUGUACUUUCGGAGCUGGUGGUUCUACGACGUCGCAUUCUAUUCGGGUUAGGGACGUCGCUUGUCGCGCUUACACUAGUUUCGUCAAUCUCAACCCGCAAUCGCCAAUCUCCAGCUGGCCGGACCCGGGAGUGGAGAUCCAGUGGGAGUCGCCGCCGGAACCAAUCUGUUUAACUCAGUCGGAUUGUGACGAUGCUGGAACUUCAACUUGUGGACCCGACCCGAAUACUGUUGGAGUCAAUAGGUGUUUCUGUAAAUCGGGGCUGCGGUGGGACCCGGUUCAAGGGAUAUGCGCUGAAAUCGUGACGUGUCAGAAUCCUGAUGGCUGUGAUGGCUCUGAUCGGACGGCGCUGAUUGCAGGCUUAAUUUCUGGCAUUGGAGCAGCACUUAUUGUCACCACCAUUUCCUUUCUUCUCUACAAACGAUACAGACGGAUGAUAGAAACACAAGAGAGACUUAGAAAAGAGCGCGAGGAAAUCCUCAACGCCAACAAUGCUGGCAAGAUGGCCAAAGUCUUCAGCGGAAAAGAAGUCAAGAAAGCAACCAAUAAUUUCUCUCGAGAUCGCCUACUCGGCUCCGGUGGGUAUGGAGAUGUCUACAAAGGAAUUCUCGAAGACGGUACUGCAGUAGCCAUGAAAUGUGCCAAGUUAGGCAACGCCAAAGGCACUGACCAAGUCCUCAAUGAGGUUAGAAUCUUAUGUCAAGUCAAUCAUAGGAGCCUUGUAGGUUUACUUGGAUGUUGUGUGGAGCUUGAGCAACCUGUCAUGGUUUAUGAGUACAUUGCCAAUGGCAAUUUAUAUGAUCGAUUGCAUGCUAUGGGAAUCGAUGAAAGAAGCCAAUUAACCUGGAAAUGUCGUCUCCAAAUUGCAUACGACACUGCUGAAGGUCUCGCGUACCUUCAUUCCUCCGCAGUUCCCCCUAUUUAUCAUCGAGAUGUCAAGUCUAGUAACAUACUUCUUGAUGAGAAAUUGAAUGCUAAAGUUUCAGAUUUUGGACUCUCUCGAUUAGCUCAUACCGAUAUGAGCCAUAUAUCGACAUGUGCUCAAGGAACCCUCGGAUACUUAGACCCAGAGUACUAUCGGAACUAUCAAUUGACUGAUAAGAGUGAUGUUUAUAGUUUUGGUGUGGUGUUGUUGGAGCUUCUAACUUCUCAGAAGGCUAUUGAUUUUAACCGAGACCAGGAUGAUGUGAACCUGGCGGUAUUUGUGCAGAGAAUGGUGGAUGAAGAAAGGUUGAUUGAGGUGAUUGAUCCAUUGCUGAAAAAGAAAGCAAGUCAAGUAGAGGUGGACACCAUGAAAGCUCUGGGUUUUCUAGCAAUGGGUUGCUUGGAGGAAAGGAGACAGAAUAGGCCUUCAAUGAAGGAAGUGACAGAGGAGAUUGGGUAUAUCAUGAGUAUUGCAGCAGCAGAAGUGAAAAAAGCCUAGUUAAUACACACGCAUAUGCAGACAUGUAAAUUGUAUUUUCAAAUUAUAUAUAUUACCUAAGAAGUGUUUUUGGGUCAAAGUUUUAAUUUAUUGUUUUCAAAUACAUGUUCGUGUAAGUUGGAUAAUUUGAAUGUGCAUUAAUUGAACAUUUUGCCUACUUA